UGCCGCCUUCAUUUUCCGUGCAGGGUGGAGCCGCCGUCCUGCUCCGCAGCUCCGCAGACCUCAGCAUGGGAAUGUCGCCCCCGACUCUCUGACUUCACUCGACCUAAAGUGCUACACAACUUACACCAACUUCCCCCCGCAAGCGUGCCCUGGUCCCGGGAGUCGAGCUGCAGCAGCGGCCCGCCAGCAGGGAGGUUGUUGGAGCGAUUCCUAGGCGAGCAGUCCCGGACAAAGGAAAGAGAGCCGAGCUAAGAGCAUUCCUGUAGCUGCAGCUAUGCAGGCCAUAAAGUGUGUCGUUGUGGGAGACGGUGCUGUGGGUAAGACAUGUCUGCUCAUCAGCUACACCACCAAUGCCUUCCCAGGGGAAUACAUCCCAACAGUGUUUGACAACUACUCCGCCAAUGUAAUGGUGGAUGGGAAGCCGGUGAAUCUGGGCCUUUGGGAUACAGCAGGACAAGAAGACUACGACAGACUCCGCCCACUUUCCUACCCACAGACGGAUGUGUUCCUCAUCUGCUUUUCGCUUGUGAGCCCUGCCUCAUUUGAAAACGUCCGUGCCAAGUGGUACCCUGAAGUGAGACACCAUUGUCCUAACACUCCCAUAAUCCUUGUGGGCACCAAACUGGAUCUGAGAGAUGACAAGGACACCAUGGAGAAGCUGAAGGAGAAGAAACUCUCUCCCAUUACCUACCCCCAAGGCCUCGCCAUGGCCAAAGAGAUUGGUUCUGUCAAGUACCUGGAGUGCUCAGCCCUGACUCAACGUGGCCUUAAAACUGUGUUCGACGAGGCCAUUCGGGCCGUCCUGUGCCCUCCACCCGUCAAGAAGAAGGGCAAGAAGUGCACGCUCCUCUAAGACUUCUUCAAGUGGAACAGUUACAGGGGAACAUGAUCGCUAAUGGUGAGGGUGGCUAAAGACACAGGAGAAACAUACCAGUAUACACUUAAGAAAAAUGUGCUUCAGAUUCUGUCCUUCCAUAAGUGUAGCUACAGCCAUUUCCAUGACAAAUUCAACAUAAGGUCAGUUUUAGGAGGUGGAUUUGGACUAUUAAAGACCCUAGUUCAAUGUAUACUGUAUAGGCAAGACUAUGAAUUACUUGAGGCCUUCUAAAACAGAUUGGAUGUUUUGUAAAAAUGGACUGUGGAAUGUCUUCACUUUAUUCUUCCACCCUUGUCCACCUUUUUCUUUUUUUUUUUUGGUUGUUUACAGUCUUGGUUGUUUUGAGUGGAUGAAAUGUUGCCAAAUACGUUCUGUACACAUGCUGUAUUUUAGCCGAAAAAAUUUUUUGUUCUAUUGUCUCACUCCUCAAAAUUAGAUCUGACAGUUUGCCGUUGUGACAUGCUGUCCUUGCAGCUCCUCCAUCAUUGGCGUUAAGAGUCACAAGUUCGCUUUCUCUUUUGUGAAAGCGCUCAUGUCAUCUCAUGACAUCUACAAGGAGCAUGAAAGUAACGUAUCUGUGAAAUUCCUGUUGCCUCAAAUAACUAUUUGUGUACCAUAACCUUAUUAUUAGUCGUCUUUUUUUUCCAGUUUGAUUCAUGAUGCCUAAAAUUUACUGAAUAUUCAGUCUUUGAAAGGAUCUGCUGCCACCAACAGUGCUAUUAAUCCCUGACAAAUUGAAAGGAAACCAGUAUUUUCUGUAUUUAUCCAAUUGGAACCCGUGAGGUUUGUCUUCUUUUAUUUCCUUCUUUCCACUCUACAUUUCCAUAGAUGUGUCUCAACUGUAUAGCUGCCAUUAGUGCAACCUUGAAAACUUGAUUACAUAUUGGAAUUGAAAUGUUCAGAUGUCUUGGUGAUGGGGAACAAGAGCACCUUUAAUGCUCUGUGGGCAUUUUAUCAGAUUAUUUUUGUGCAGCACAUUUAGAUUUUUUUUUUUUUUUUUUUUUUUUUUUAAGCAUCACUACUGGUGAAGCAAUGUCACUAAAAAGAGCAUCCUGUCUUGUAAUAACAGUAACAAAGCUACUGUCGGUUAUGGUGUAGUAUACAGUGUACUCAUCUUUUUGUUAUAAUCGUGAUUUGAUUCUUUUGUAUCUUUCUUCACAGAAGUUACACGCACUCACUGUAUUAACUAACACUAUGAAUAUCCUUUGUUUAUUACCUCUACAGUUAACGCUACCUUAAUCUCCAUACAAACAUAGCUUUUUGUAAUUAAUGCUGAUAGCAUGUCUGUGCAUCAUAUACUGAAAACUAAGAUUAGAAUUGCUACAUUUAUAUAUUUUUUUGCCUAUUUACAAAAUGUAUUUGAACUACUAGAUCAGGGGUUAAGUACAUGUUGCUCAUCGGUGUUGUACUCGGACAUCAAGCUGUGCUUUUAUUCAAGCCAAUGUUGUGACUCUUUAGUUUUAUGGAAAGAAGCUAUUGUCACUUUUUGAAAAAGCCAAUAAAUUCAAGUAAAAACACUA